AAGGAACAUUCAAUUUACCUCCUCUCAUUUUGUUUUUCUUCCCUUCCUCCGUGUGUGUCUCAGUGUUUUGGCGAUGCCAGGAGACCCAGGGCUGGUAUUUGGAGGAUAGAAGACGGCGAGUUUUACUGAGGGAACAGUGCCUCAAUAGACGAGGAGCUGACUGUUUUGGAUGCCACUCACCCAACUGUUGAAGAAGACAGCACGACAACUAUAAUUUUUCCAGUGGAGAAGAGGUGCCCCUGAGCGGCAAGCCCGCUGAAUAUUGCUGCAGGAUGGUUGUGUGUUGGUCCUGUGACCGCAGCAGGGUUUCGGGUUGAUUUUUGCGAUCAGAUUUUAGUUUUAGGGGAAGAUUUUGGGGAUAUGUUUUAGGGAGAUUUUGGAGAGUAUUUCAGGGGCACCUUUAGAUGUCAAGACUGGCUGUGAACGCAGAGUUGAGUGUUUUUGGCGUCAAGGGGCAAGGUUAGGCAGCAUUUGGGGUAAGUUUUUUGUUUUCGCGUAUUUUGAAGAGACUCUGGGUAUUUGGGGCCGUUUUUGGUUAUCACGGAGUACUAGGUCAGGUUUUAGAGCUUUAUUUGAAGUGGGUGGUGUUAUUUCGGGAGAAGUUUUGUUGAUCGGUGUUAUUUAGGGAGGAGAUUCACCGCGGUCUCACCCUUGCUGCUCCGAAAAUGGCGGGGAGUAGUUGCAGUCCGGGGCCCGGCGCCGGAGGCUCGUCGGGCGGCUCGGCGUCGGCCUCCAGUCCCGGGCCCGGGCCUGGCCCUUCCAGUGGCGGCUCGACCGCCUCCAACCCCCGUAAGUUCAGCGAGAAGAUCGCGCUGCACAACCAGAAACAGGCCGAGGAGACGGCUGCCUUUGAGGAGGUGAUGAAGGAUCUCAGCGUAUCGCGGGUCCAGUUGCACAAGCUGCAUCACUUGCGUUUGGCACAGACUCGAGCUCAGUAUUAUGGAGGAUCGUUACCCAACGUCAAUCAGAUUGGUAACAACACAACUGACUUCCAGGGUUUGUUGCAUCCAACGCUAGAUUCUACACGAGGAACACGACAUCAUGGUUUGGUGGAGAGGGUUCAACGUGAUCGAAGUCACUUAAUGUCUCCUCACCGCCGUCAGUCUCCAAUGGAUAAACACGGACGCCAAUUUGACAGUUCCCCGUACGGAUCAGUUUACCUUUCACCACCACCAGAUACCAGCUGGAGACGGAGAAUCCCACCCUGGGGCAGUGAGGAGAAGCCACCUCGAUUGAGACUGAUCUCGGCACUCAGCAGGACCAAUUCCGACUCUGCUCUGCACACCAGCGCUCUCAAUCCCAGUCCACAGGAUGCCUUCGUGGGGGAGAGCCAGUCGUUCCCACAGCAAGAUCGGCGGCAUGUGAACUAUUACGAUGAAAUGGACAUUCAGGGGGAAGUCUUUUCAUUCCCGGUUCCAACGACGGAAGAUAAUCUGUUAAAGCUGAACAAACCUUUGCCAAAACAGCUGUGGGAAGCGAAGAAGGUUCAAUCGUUAUUACGUCCCAAGUCCUGUGAAGUCCCUGGUAUCAGUAUCUAUCCUUCCCCGGAUCAGAAUGCCGGGUUGUCGCAUUUCCAAGGGUCAUUGAACACGGGAGGCUCUCUGCCCGACCUCACGAAUCUGCACUUCCCGUCGCCUCUUCCGACUCCCCUGGACCCCGAGGAUGGCUCCUUCCCCAACAUCAGUGGCGGCAGCAGCACCGGCAACCUGGCGGCCACCAUGACACACCUGGGAAUCAGCAGUUCCCAAGGUCUGUCAUCCUCUUUGCACAGCUCGCUGAGUAACCCAUCCAUACAAGCUUCACUCAACAAUUCCAUGGUGCCCUCUCCUUUGAGCAACCACUCCCUCGGCAAUACCCCUAUCCAGUCCUCUCUACGGCCAUCGCUAAGCAACCCGUCCAUCCCAACCACGCUGAACAGCUCCCCCCGCCGACGGCAGACACCAGUCAGUCCCCUGACCCUCUCACCUGGGAUGGAGUCUCGGAGGUCUCUGAACAAGCAGUUCUCACCAACAAUGUCGCCGACGCUGUCGUCCAUUGCACAAGGGGUUGCCUUGGAUACCAGCAAUAUGGCAAUGGAACAUCUGCCACCUUAUCCGCACUACCUGCACCUCCAGUCCAUGCAGCAGGCCCAGCAGCUAAUGCAGCAAACACAGCGACAGUCAUCAAUCUCUCCUGUUCAUCAGCUCCCUCAACCAUUGCCGCCGCAGCUACACUCUCCCAAUAAUGACAUCGUGGACAAUUUCUUCAGUGAUGCGUACUUUGAGCAGCAGUUGCUGGGCAGUCAGUCCAAGCCUCUGUCACACCAGCUGAAUCAAUUCAACGUGUUGGAACGGCUGCCCGGUGGCUUGCCGAUCAGCAGUAGCAGCAGCCUCUACAAUCUGGGCUCCAGCCUUCACUUUUCCCAGGCCACCAUAGGGGGCUCAACCGGGAGUCAUGGAAAUCUGCAGGAACAGUCGCCGCAGCUGAAACCCAACUUUCAAUACUCCACCUGCACUGGAAACAUCCCCAACAUCGUGCUAACAGGGGACUCUCUGCCAAGCUUGUCCAAGGACAUCAGCAGUGCUCUCUCUGGAGUUCCAGAGUCGACCUUUGAUGCCGAUAGCCAGUUCCAGUUAGAUGACGAGCUGAAGAUGGAGCCGCUGAGCCUGGAUGGACUGAGCAUGCUCACAGACCCUGACCUUAUUCUGGCUGACCCAUCGAUCGAAGACACAUUCAGGACAGACAGAAUCUAAUUGGUGGGAUGGGGUGAGACUAUUUCUGGACACUAAAGAGUGAAGAAUAACAUUUACAGAAUGGCACAUUUGGAGCUCGACUUAAUUUUUUAAUCGUUAAAGCACUAGCCAUUGCUUCCGUUUUGGUUUUUAACUCAGUGCAUUUAUGCAUAUGUUUAUCUGGAUUACGGUUGAUAUGUAUUUCUGUUUAAACUGAUUGUCGUCAGGAAGAAGGCCAGUCCCAGCACAUCAACGCCAGAAAAAUCAGUGUUCUGUAAGCUGUUUGUCUAAAUUUAUGUCAUCCUAAGCCACUGAUGGAAUUCGCUGCUGGCCUUGGCUUUGAGAUUGGGCCAACCUAUGCCACCCCCGCACAGGGCUCAGCUGGGUGGCUUCCAUCUGCCUCGGAGUCUGUGGGUGAGGAGAGAAAGAGAAAAGUGUCCUGGGCUAGAAACCUUGUCAGAAUGUGAGGACGAUUUAACUCUGGAACACAAUCGCCCAUCCUGACCAAUGUCUUUUCAAUAUUCACUGCAUGGUCUCGCUCACAAAGAGCGUAGAGCCUGUUCUGGCACCGACAGCCCUGCAGCAGGUGAGGCUCUGACACUGGGCACAACUGGCUGCUUGCCUUCCUUUUCAAAUGGGGUCUUGGUUCUUUCAUUGAUUGAAGGAAGUUAAUUGAGAUUGUGUAGGAGCAGAAAAGGAGACACUGUACUUGGGGCCAGCGUGGCUGGACACUGGGACCGAACUGGACAAGGCGACAGAGAAAGUGGACACUGGGCCAGCCCGGUUGACCAAUGGAUACUGGGCCCUGGGUGGUUGGAUACCACAGUCAGCAGGAUUGCCAACGGACACUGGGGCCACAGAGUGACAGCUAGACCUGAGGCUAGGUGGGCGCUCACUGAGCACUGGAGACAGAUAGGGUGACCACUGGGUGUUGAAGCCAGUGGGCAGACGCUAGACACGGAAGCCAGUGGAUGGGGUCACUGGACACUGAAGCCAGUGGGGGUCACUGGACACUGGACACUGGUUCGAUGACAACAACCUUGAGAGAGGAGCUGUUUUGUUCUCCCAAAUAAAUGCCUACAGAUUACAUGGUAAUGAGUUUCCAAUGUUAUUUUUAAUUAUGAAAUGGAUGAUUUUAAAAUAAUAUCAUUAGGAGUAACUCCAAUUCUUCUGGCAAGUUUGUCAGUGGGGACUGACUCCCCUUUACAAUGUGUAUAAAAUUUAUAUCUCUUUAACUGCAAGAUAAUUCCUCGAUUGUAUAGGGAGGAAUUUAAAUAAAAUAUCAGCAUUACUGAUAUCAAGAUUGUUGGAAAACUAUAUUCUAUAUUUUUAAAUCACUAUACUGUAUAGGUUAAGAAUCUGAACGCCUUAAAAGCUGCUUCCGGUUUGUUUGACGAAGGUUGAAGUCUGCAUGUUUGCCAACAGUCUGAUUCAAAAGUGUAUAAAGAGUAUCGAAGCUUUUCCCACAGACCUUGAAUGUCAUUCUGCUGCCUUGGCUUUGUGUUUGAGAUGUGCCAACACGAUUUACAGACUGCAGCAACAUAUCCCUUCGAUAGGAGUACUGAAUAACUUUUUUUUGAAGUAUUUGUGGUCUUGUUACAUAUGUUUUGUCCUAUGUCAGACCUUGGCCCAAAGUGGAGCUCGAGAGUGAUGUCUUUCAUCACAUGGGCACGGAACUCUUCCUGGAGCCCGCUGCCUUUGGCACCAUGUGUUUAUCCUUUGUAAAAUAAGCUCAUUUCAAACUUGCCUUGGUAGUCUUUGCAACUUGUCUCUUGCAACCUGUUAUUUUCAGCAUGUUGGUAGGAUGGAUGGUUCUCAGAGGGGUCACUUUCCAGUUGUGCUCUGCUGCCCAUUUGGGUUGUGUUUACAGGAACGAAGGCAGUGCUCACACUGUGGUCACUCACUGCUCUGCCAGACAAGCACCAGCUCUAAAUCUAUCCGUCCGCUGGCCUGACAACGAAGAACCAAUGGGUCUUAAGCUACGUAAAUGUUCCCAUUCAGUGCUUUUAGAAUGGAGGGGCAGACUGUGUCUCCCAGUUCAUCAGCUCAUAUCCAGAGCCAUUCUUUACCAUUGUGCAACCCAAGCCUCUCUCUCAGGCCCUGCCCCUCCCUCUCGUAUUCACACUUGCACUAUCAUUCCUAUCUUGCUCUUGUGCUGACAUGCUACCUCCUCUUUCUUUCUCUUCCCAUGUUGUGCACUACUCUCUCUCUCUCUUUCUCAGCACAGGUUGGGCGAGAGUCCAGACCUGUGUCUGUGGGCUAGGUGGGUCAGUAUCGUACGUUGCCUGUGGCUGGGUGCAGUUUGUAUGACAGACGUUGUGCCUCCACGGGUCCUGGUGGUACGAGCAUCUGUGGCAGAUAUUGUGCCAGGCUGCAGUGAUCUGUGAUAAUGAGCAGGUGGUUGGAUCAGAAUUCUCCUUCUCUCUUGAACAAUUCGGAUAUUUACAUAUUCUUAAUGAAAAGUUCAAAGUAAAUUUAUUAUCAGUGUGCAUUUACAACCAUAUACAUCCCCGAGUUUUGUUUUCUUGUGGCCACUCACAGUAAAUACAAGAAAUACAAUAGAAUCAAUGAAAGACCGCACCCAACAGGAGAGAGAAACAACUAAUGUGUAAAGCCAAACUGCAAAUUCAAAAAGAAAGAAGGAAAAAAGAAAUAUACAACUAUCAAGAACAUGAGAAGAAGAGUCCUGAAAGAACCUGAUGGUUCCUGAACCUGGUGCUGUGGGUCCUAAGGCUCCUGUACCUCAGUAAUUCAGUUAUUCGCCAGUGUGGCUCCCUGAUCUGCAGACAGAAGCAGAAGGAGAGGAAUGGGGGUCGGGCCUGUUGAGAAGACUGGUCUCAGGCUUGACUGAUCAGUAGGAGCAUUGCCUCAUUGCUCAUUGCCCCUGAACUGCAUUACCUGCUGCAUUGCAGCUAAUUCACCAGCCAUUUGCUGUUUAAAAGUGCAUCCACAUUAGCUUAGUUCAAUCUCACACAGAGUGAAGUUCCUCAGAGUUGUGUUUCAAGGCCCUCCAUUGGUCUGGGUUGACCAUAGAGGUUACAAAAAUGUGAUAAGCAGGCCAGGGCAGUGUGAUACAGAGAGCAAGCUGUUGCCUCUGUAGCAGGCUUCCCUCUGCCCAUGCAGCUGAUGGAUCCAAAGGAACAGCAUAGAUGGAAAUCAGCAUCCAACUCAACGGAGUUGGACUGAUUCAGGGACUCCAGCUCUGGAUUUUACCUCGGGUUUACUCCGGAAGCCUUUCCCAUGGGUAGGUAUAGCCACAAGGCAGUGGAGGUUUGAGAUCAGAGUUUUCCUUCUGCUCGAUGCGAUGCCCCAUCCCUCUGUGUACUUAUCCAAACAUCUUAUAAAUGUUGUUAUUCUAUCUGCCUCAACCACUUCCCCAGGCAGCUCGUUCCAUAUAUACAGCACCCUCUGCACAAAGAGGUUUCUGAUAAAUCUUUCUCCUCUCAUAUUAAACUUAUGCUGUCUAGUUUUCAGUUCUCCUUCCCUGGGAAAAAGACUAUCUGUGCCCCUCAUACACCUCUAUAAGAUCAGAUUAGCUUUAUUUGAUACAUGUAUACCAAAACAUACAGUGAAAUGUGUUAGUUGCUUCAACAACCAACACAGUCCGAGGAUGUGCUAGGGACAGCCCACAAUUGCCAACACACUUAACAACAAAGUGUGACCUUAACUCCAAAAGACAAUAAGGCACAGGAGCAGAAUUAGGCCAUUGAGUCUGCUCUGCCAUUUGAUCAGGGCUGACCUAUUUCCCUCUCAAUCCCAUUCUCCUGCUUUCCCCUCCCCGUAACCUUUCACACCCUGACUCGCCAAGAACCUAUCAACCUCUGCUUUAAACAUACCCUAUGACUUGGCCUCCACAGCUGCCUGUGGCAACAAAUUCCACAGAUUCACCAUCCUCUGGCUAGGGAAAUUCCUCCUCAUCUCGUGCGUCUUUGCAAUGUGGGAGAAACCCACACUGUUACAGGAAGAACAUGCAAAUUCCUCACAGAUGGUGGCAGCAAGCUGACCCCUCAAUCUCCUACUUUCCAGGGAAUAAAGUCCCAAUCUGCCCUAUAACUCAGGCCCAUGAAUCCUUGCAGUGUCCUCUCAUCCUCUCAUUUCCAUUUAUGCUGUAUCAGCAAUCGUCUCUUCUGAUGUUUGUAUAGGAUAUUUCAUGAUUGGGGAUUUCAGCUCCAAUGUUCUUGACCAUCCUCACACAGACAAUCCUAUCCCCACUGCAAGCCAUAGUCCCAGCGCUAGGCCACCUUAGCGCCCGACACCCUGCACACUCCUCCGAAUCGAUUAUUAUCACUGACAUCUGUCUUGAAAUUGGUUGUUUCGUUGUUACUAUAACAACAAGAGUAUCUGAAAAGCAAAUCAGUGAACGAGUAUUCAUGAGUUUAAUGGUGGAAGGAAGGAAGCUGUUCCUGAAAUGUUGAACGUGUCUUCAUGCUCCUGUACCACCACCUUGAUGGAAGCAAGGAGAAGAGGGUAUGUCCUUAAUGAUGGAGCCACCCUUUUGAGGCAUCACCUUUUGAAGAUGUUGGGGAGGGUUGUGCCCACAAUGGAGCUCGCUGAGGUUACAACCCUCAGCAGCCUUUUCCCAUCCUGUGCAUGGGUGCAUCCAAACCAGACCAGUCCGGAUGCUGUCCUCAGUACAUCUGCUAGAGUUUUUAAGGCUCUCCAUUGUUCAUGGGAAGUAGAAUUGAUCCAACUGGUUAAAGGUUCCCUGGUGAAAGAGACUGUAAACAAGCUGCUCAGUGUGCUGCUGACUGGUGAUUCAGCCUUAAGCAAACAUGGCUGCUCAUGCAGGGUAGGCUGCACUUCGCCACCAACAAUAUGAGAGUCCAAGAGUUUGACAAGAGAUGUGAGGUGAUUGCAGUGACUGGAAAUGGCCUCCUUGGCACCUAUUGUGAACCAUCCUUCGAUUUGUUACAUCAUGCCUGGAUUGUUAAGCUCUUCAGUUUUCCCUCUUACUGCUGAAUUUUGUCAAUAUUCAUUUUGAAUGAAAAGUUACUUUAAUUUAUUCUGACUUCUAGAACUAUCAGCCCCAGUUUCCCAUUUCUGUAUUACUACUUGAUCCAUUUUUUAAAGUACUGCUAAUUUUAUUAAUAUUAACUAGUAAAUUUCUGUUCCUGUGCUAACCUUAUGAAUUCAGUUAUUGUGAAGUGUACAGAUGAUAUUUAAAUAGGACUUGUCAAUGGGAUAGUGUUACCUUUAGUAAAGUGUCAUUUUUGCAUUGUCUUUCAAAUAAAAUACAUUAAAUCAAAGUUUUAAUA